AUGGCUUAUUGGUCUGCAGAAAAUGCCACAAAAGCCUUUCUCAGCACUUUGAAAAUGGCUCGAAAGGCAAAAGAACCGUCUGUUGCUGAAUUUAUAUCAGCAUUAGCAGCUGGAAACAAUGCACAACUAAUGGUAGUAGCUUGUGCUGCUGCAGCUGAUUUAACAACAUUUGCACUAAUUGCUGCUGCUAAUCAAACUAAUGGAAAUGUAAUUUGCAUUGUACCAAACAAUGAAGAUCUAAUUGCAUCCAAGAAUUUCCUAGGAGUAGCUUCUAAUAAAGUGAAGUUCAUGAUUGGCAAAGAAGCACAAGAAUUAGAUGUAUUAAACAAAGUUGAUUUUGUGGCACUUGAUUGUAAUCUUGUGAACCAUGAAGAGAUUAAAAGAGGCAUCAUUGAAAUUGGUGAUGGUAAUAAGAAAGAGGGUGUAGUUGUUGUUGGUUAUAAUGCAUUUAGUUGUAAUAGGUCAUGGAGAUCAUGUGGAUCAGAAACUCAAUUGCUUCCUAUUGGAGAAGGGUUGUUGGUGACAAGAUUUGGAUCUGGAUUGAGUAAGAAUGGUCGAAGUCAGUGGAUUGUGAGAGUUGAUAAAUGUACAGGUGAAGAACAUGUUUAUAGAAUUAGACUUCCACAAGGAAAAGUUAUUUAA